UCCAAAAUGGCUGGCGCGUAAACACAAUACUAAAAACAUCGAGAAAGCCAAAGGAAUGUCACUUAAAAAACACCUUUACAAUUAUCAACCGGUGUUUUUACAAUAGUGGUUUGGUCGUGUGUGUAGAAGAAGGACCUGUGUAUAUCUGAUAGAGCUAAACCAAGAUGCAGUCAUCGACUUCACCUUGGAAGAGCAGUCUGCAGAAAGCGGACGGUUUCUCCGCAAGGAAUGACACCGGCUUGCGGGCGAGAGCCAAGCAGGCUGUGUUGCAGGAACUUCAUGUUACGUUACAAAUCAAGGCAGACAAGAUGAAACUCGUUGCACAAAGAGACGUUACAAGUAGUAGAAGGGAAGUGCCAAGUGAAGGAGUGGUUGGGGGCGGCAUGCCCGAGAGGAACUACGAAAAAAUCAAAAUGUUGAAGCCUUUAGGCAUGUCAAAUGCAUCUCGAAUUCCAGUCCCGUCGUCUCAAGUCAAAGUAAAAGCAUCUCCCCAAAGACACCUUCAUCCGCCGACCAACCCCCAGAGAAGGACCCAGUCUGCGUCACCUCUGGUUACAUCCAAACGAAAAAAUGUACAUUGUGUAAGCAAACCAAGAGCAAGACCAGGCUACACAUGGAAUAUGGGAGGUCGUCUGAAGGAAUUAAGAAUUAGACAUCUUGCAAGAAAAUACCUGCAUCUAUGGAUUGCUACUGCAUUUGGCCGCAUUCGUCUAUCGGUUGUAAGACAACAUUACAGGAAGAGGUUACUUACUUCAGCUUUCAAGGAGUGGGCAGAUUUGUGGUGGACGGGUCGAAAGGAGUGGAAGCUAACUAUCAGAGCUGACUACCACAGACGAUAUUGUAUCUGCCAAAAAGUUUGGAGUGCAUGGAAGGAAUAUGUGAUCUUGGAAAAAAUCAAAGCAGCUAAGGAGUCUGUAGCUAUAGUACAUGCCAAUGGGAUACUUCAAUCUAAAGUAUUAGAAUCUUGGAGAAUCUACGUCUACGGUCGCAGAAUGAAAGCUUCUCUCAGACGGAAAGCAGACGAUCACAUGACAAGGAGGUACCUGGUGAAGUCUUGGAGACUAUGGAAAGCACAGAGACGAGAAACACAUGACAGACAGGAAGUAGAAGGCUAUGCUAUUCAGUAUUGGGCUCAUAAUCUCACUUUAAAGAUGUGGCAUAGAUGGAAGGAUGCAAUGCGUGAACAUAGUGAGGAGCAUUACAAGGAGCAGCUGAGUGUACAAGUAUAUGAGAAGACACUGAUGUCAAGAUGCUUCUAUCAGGGUCUUAUACCUUACGUCUUGCACUGUAGGGACCGGAGACAGGAUAAAGACCAAGCCUCACAGCAUUACAUAGACAGUCUGAUGCAUCAUAGCUGGUACCAUUGGCAUACUCGUUGGUUUACACACAAGCUGAUGACAGAACAACGAGAUAGAAUCAACGCUAUGGCUGAUCGUAGUAGACUAAGACGAAUCUACAUCAGGUGGAGAUUAUACAUUGAAAUGAAGUCUGAGAUGAAGCUGAAGAUGCAUCUUGCUGAGCAGCAUCAUAGACGUCAACUUAUGAUACUUGGUGUUGGUGCUCUACAGUUGGCUGUGGUUCAGCAGAGGCUACAGGGCAGGAGAAAGGUCAAAGCUGACAACUUCAGGAUCCACUCUUUGCAGUGCCAUGCCCUUCAGAGAUGGAUCCAAAGAUGUGAAGAGAAGGAAGAGCUCAGUCUCUUCUCUUUGUCUCGUCACGCUAGAAACAUCUUCAGAACCCGAGUUCUGAAGAAAGCUGUGCAAGACUGGAAGAACUACACUCUAUGGCGUCGAAGAAGACAGGCACAGUAUGCAAUUGCAGAGGCCCACUAUCAAUCCCGUCUUCUGCCGAGGUGUCUUCAUAGCUUGAAAGUCUACACCCAAAGACAACAAGGUCAAAGGUCAAAUAUCAUCAUGGCCGUCAGCUUCCAAAGGGAGUGUGUGCUUGGUUACUUUUUUGUGAGAUGGUGUCACGUCUUCCAGAUGCAUCAAGAUGAAACUAUGAUGCAGAGAAUGGCUGUCUUGCACUAUGAGAACACCAUGGGAACAAGGAUGCUUCAAACAUGGCGUCAACGGACAAGAAUCAAACAGCUGAUGGAGGAAAAAGAGGCGAUGGCUAUGGAGCAUUAUGAUGGACAACUGUGUAUGUUAGCAUUGUCACACUGGAAGGAGUUUACUACGGGGUGCCACACUAGGCGUAUUCAGAAUCAGCGAGCAUUGAGUCACAACUACAAUACACGCAUUCACAAGAUAUGGACAGCAUGGACAAAGUAUGUUUCCCAGUGUCGCAGGAAGGCAGAGAAGACAAAGAAGGCACUCAAUCACAGACAUAAACACUUGCUUGAGAAAGGUCUUAGAGCCUUCAAGAUGUAUCAUCAACAUAUGCAGAAGAUUGAGAGAGAAGUGGCGCUGAGAAAGCAUUGUAAAGACCAAGAAAGACUCAGAUUGGCCUUGACCGAGUGGCAGUGGAAUGCAUUAGACCAGGCAAGACUGAGACAUCUUGAAGAGGAAGCUGACUCUUACUUGAUGAGGUCUUUAAAGACUAAGGUCUUACUAUCAUGGCGUCAGUACAGUGUCAUUCAUUCAUAUUCAAGGAGGAAUAAAACUCAAGAGCUAUGUAGGAUACAAGACAAACUAAACGCAGGUAAAUUGAGACGCCUGCUCACCGUCUGGCAAUCAUCUUAUGCUAACUCAGUGACAGAGAGUGUGAAACUAGACCGUGCCAUCAAGCAUCAUCAGAGGACUCUACUGAAGAAAUCUAUCCUGAGCUGGUGUUCCUUUAAAAAACAGCAGAUUCAUCAACAGUUGAUGAAGAGACAAAGCAUGUGGCUUCAUAACACCAGAUUGUCAGCCAAGUUUUUCCUUCUAUGGAGGGCACAGUUCCAUAAAUCCAAGGAGGACCAGACUAAGACCAUCAUGGCACUGUGGCAAUGGAGUGUGGUCCUACAGAGAAGGGUACUAGACGCAUGGGUGUUGUACGCAGCAGAUAGACAGCGCAAGAAGCGACGCAUCGCUGCUGCGCUGGAGCAGCGAAGGCAGUACAUGCUGCAGGAAGGUGUGAGCCAAUGGACUAGAGUUGGGAGCUACUUGGCUGAACAGAGGUCAAGAGUUGCUGCUGAACACCAGGCGCAGAGUGCAUACAAGGUCUUCCAUGUUGUUAGACGUUGUGCAACUCACUGGCGUGACUUGACGCAAAGGCAUCGACUCCAAGGCAAAAAACCACCACGCUCACCACAAGGUCCUGAACCCUACCCGUCUCAAACGCUACUCUCAACACACAUGUCUGGAGCAGGGGACUCACACGCCCAAGACUCUAUGACAAAGAAGGCUAGCCUGAAGGACAGAGGUAUUAACAAGGUGCCGUUAUCUUCAAGCACAUUACCCAUCAUUGCCUUAAGGUCAAACCCACAGCUCAGGGAUGGAUUCCAGGCUAUUGACAGGGCCAGACUUGAAGGUGAACCCACAGCAAGAAUGCGUCCCCAACCAAGACGUCCUGAUUUCCUCAUGGAGUCCCUACAGAAAGAAGGACUCUGGUCUCCAGAUGCUCAUCAACAUGGCCCAAGUGGCGGUCCUUAUGAACCAGAGCAAGAGCUUUUCUUGAAGCAACAGCAAGAUAUUCCAGGAGUAACCAGGAGUAAUAAGAAAUAUAACAGAGACCUACCUACUCCCGCUGGUCUUCCAGUUGCACCCAAACCUCAAGUAGCACAUCUUCCUGUGUCAACACAACCAAACGGACAAGUCCAGAAAAUAACGCCUAAGGAAAGCUUGAUCCCUGACCCAGAUGCCUUGCCUAGACUCACAGUACCUCCUCCCCAGCCCUUUGUUCCUAAACACCUUGAUGGGUUUGAAAGCCCAGGACUUAGGGUAGCUGGUGAUGUGCAGCUGCAAGUCACAGCAGACUUUGGGGGACAGUCUUCACAGGCGAUGGAUACAAUACAUGGCUCUGCAAGUCACAAUGAUUCAUCUGUGGAAGGUCCUGGAGAAGGCUCAUCAACUGACUUGAAGCAUCCGUCAAGAGAAGAUCUGGGUUUGAUGCAGGGAGACGGAGAAACCAAAGGCCUUGAGAUGUCUCCCCCACCAACACCCCAGAAACAUGUUCUCCUCCCACCCUCUGCUUUCAUGAUACCCAAACCCAACUCAACAAUCAUUCAAACUUCUCAACUUCAUGGAGGAAGCUUAGCCAUUUCCCCACCAUACAAUGUCUCACAAACCAAACUGUUACCAGGCAAAGCUAGAGAACAAGACCACAGGUCCCCUCUGUUGCCUAAGAAACAGCAGUCACCUUCAACAAACAGGAAGAGGUGGGACCAAGACAGUGAAGUCAAAACUUGUAAGGAUGAAAAAGCAGACAUUUAUAAAGAGGUUCAGGAGAUUCAUGAGGAGUUAAAGGGCUACCAAACAUCCAAAGAGAAACUCAGGACACUGAAGGAUCAGAAGUCCCAGCUGGUAACCUGGUUGACAGAGUACCAACCAGUUCAGAAUCAGAACGUAGAGAUGAAAGAUCCAGUUGUCUUAGAAGUACAGAAAGAAUUAGAACAGAUUCAAGAUGAGAUACAUGAGCUGUCCAUUAAGUUGAAGGAGAGCAAGCCUGUGAUUGGUCAUCUAGUUUCUAGAGUUGCAACACUUAUGGUUGAGAUUGAAGUUUAGGCAUCGGGAUGUGGGUUCGAACCCCUGUCAUGAUAUUUGUGUCAUGAGCAGGACACUCAACCAUAAGCUUCUUGUGUGUAGAGUUGUGACACUUAUGAUUGAGAUUGAAGUUUAGGCAUCGGGAUGUGGGUUUGAAUCCCUGUCGUGACAUUUUGUCUUAUUGAGCAGGACACAAGCUUCUCUCCACCCGUUGGUAGAAUGGGUACCCAUGAGGGCAGAGAUGGUUAAUGUGAAUGCUUGGAGCACGGUAACUGGCAGCACCGGCUGUAUACUCUCUAGGGAGCUGAGAUGGAUUGGGGGUUAUUAGCUGGCUGUUGUUAAUGUACUGAGCCAAUAAAUACAGUUAACUAUAACAAGGACAAAAAGCAUCAGAAUUUACAACUUGCUCUGCUGAAAUAUUUUUUAGAAUUGAGCUAUAAAAUUAACUGCAUAACUUACUGUGCUGAAAUUGUACACAAAAAUGCUUUGCAAAGGGGCCAUUAUUCGCGAGUUCUCAUAACAUGUUAAUAAACACACCCACGUGACUUCUUUGAGGUAAAUACUCGUGCAAUUAACUUCUGAUUCUGUGUCAUUUCUAAACAAUAUUUCAUAGUCUGAUGCAAAAUAAGUUUGUUAACCGACUUAUAAAGUGCUAUAUGUUUUCAUCUGGUUUAAUAAAACAAAUCAAAAAUGAUGGAAUUCUUACCAACAAAAAUACGUGACUCUGUUCUGUUGAUGCUCUUUGCUGGCGUGGGUUGGCUUAAAACGUCAACAUUAGAUUAGAUUGGUUUCAUAGCCAAUGAAUGAAGCAAUCACAGGAAUUUGAAGAAAUUGUCUCACAUCAUAAAAAAAACAAAAACAAUUAUUGGUUCAAACAUAAUCGCAUCCGUCAUGCCUUGCCCAUUUUUUCGUGAUGGGAUUUUGUUGACAAGAUGGAAAUAAGCUGAGCUUGGCUUUCAUUAUUUCUUUUACCAGUCCCAAUAUAUCAUUUCCAUCAAAAGUUUUGAUACAAUGAGGAACUUUCUUAAAUUCAUUGACCAUUAAUUGAAUUCGUAAUUGAGCGUUUUACUCAUUUUUUUUUUAUAUAAUCGGUGUGAUGCAAAAUGUAUUCUAAAUCGGAUUUUCACUAUUUUCUUUCUCGUGAGCCAGAUGGCCGAUUGAUCUCAAACUUCUACAUGUUUGUCAAGUGAUGUAU